GCCGCCUCAUAGCGGAGCGAAGAUGGCGGCGCUGUGGACGCUGCUGUCAACAACGCCGUGAGUCCGCGGCUGUUUGACUCACCCGGCGCCGAAACACUCGCUUCCUUGGACGGUCGUGCGAAAGAAAAGUGGCCCGCGUCAAGGGAAUUUUCCAGUCACUGACCUCCGACACCGCAAACCCAUUACGGACAGCUCUGCUGCAGAGACCGUACGUGCAACGCCACAUUCCUUCAGCCGCUCGCCGACCUCGCGUUGGCGCGAGAGCGGCAGGGACACGCGGGCGUCGCCACAGUUUGAUCGUGUCUCGUGGGGGACACCGUGACCAGGAGGCUCCGUGGACCACGUCAGCGGGACCAUUACGAGUGAGGGAAUGGACGAGGAGCCACGGCAGAGACAUUCAGCUACACGGCUCGGUUACAGUGGAAGGACCACACAUGCGGUGCCAUGAACACUUCAGCUGGACGGCGGCCCAGCGUAGGACUGGGCGAUGUGAGAACUGGAUUGAUCUCCAGCGAUCACAUCCAUCCAGAGAAACCAGCACGUUAUCUGACAGGUGGACUGGAGGAGAGCAUCUUCCUCAGCAGGAGGCUUAAUCUGGUCUUCUCUAUUCUUCGGGGGAAUGGGCAUGCUUGGCGCCUGCGGGGGGCGCCGUUCACCCUCCUACCCGUGUGCCGCACACACCGUGGCCAGCCUCUGCUGAGGGAGCAGGUCAUAGAGACGGCGGAGGAGGAGUGAGCGUGAGAGGGAGUCCAGCCAACACUCCCGAGGCGAGGCGAGGACUGGGCUGCCGCGGAGCAAGCCCGGAAAGGAACGGUCCGGGCGUGCCGCUCAGGUAGCCGGCCGUCGCUGGAGGCUAGCGCGUUGACUCCAGUCGGACAGGGGUGGCGUUCACUGCAGACAGCACGUCAUGGGCUAUGGGGGCCAUGGUGACUUAGCGUAAAUGGCUCCCUGUCGCCCGGCGCCUGUGCCAGUGUGUGCUGCUCGACCCUCCUCCUCCUCCUCCUCCUCUUCCUCUUCCUCGUCCUUCCUCCCGCCCCACGGCUCGUCCUCGUCGCGGUCUGGCCGCGAGGCUGGCCUGCCCCCGCUCUCUCCUCGCGGCCAUGGGGUUGUGGAAGCUCUUGCGGGGCGUCCGGCAGCUGGAGCUCCACCGUCUCAUCCUGGUACUCAUCGUCUUCUGCCUUCUCUCCAUGGCCUUCCUGGCUUACUACGUCAGCAACAGCCCCAAGAUAAAGGAGGCCCCGCCUCUUCCCUUCAGUGACUGUGGCGGUGUGGUGGCUGGGGAUGGGCCCCAGCGGGGGCCCCUCUACCUGACGCCCCUCGCCGGGCGCCAGCGCGCGGUCAAGGCGGUGGACAACUCGCGCACGGAGCCCGUGGUGCUGGUGUUCGUGGAGAGCAUCUACUCACAGCUGGGCCAGGAGAUCGUGGCCAUCCUGGAGUCCAGCCGCUUCCGUUACCACACGGAGAUCGCACCCAGCAAGGGCGACAUGCCCACGCUGAUGGAGCGUGACCGCGGACGCUACGCCCUGGUCAUCUACGAGAACGUGCUGAAGUACGUCAACCUGGACGCCUGGAACCGCGACCUGCUGGACAAGUACUGCUCGGAGUUCGGCGUGGGCGUCGUCGGCUUCUUUAAGGCCAACGAGAACUCGCUGCUGAGCGCACAGCUCAAGGGCUUUCCGCUCUUCCUCCACUCCAACCUCGGCCUCCGCGACUACCGCAUCAACCCCGCCGCGCCGCUGCUCUACGUCACCAGGCCUAACGAGGUGGAGCAGGGCCCGCUGCCCGGCAACGACUGGACCGUCUUUCAGUCCAACCACAGCACCUACGAGCCCGUGCUGCUCGCCAGCACCAAGUCGUCAGAGGCGCUGGCCCACCUGGGCCCUCGCCGGGCACUGCACGCCACCGUGGUGCAGGACCUGGGUCUUCACGACGGCAUCCAGAGGGUCCUGUUCGGAAACAACCUGUCCUUCUGGCUGCACAAGCUGAUCUUUGUAGACGCCGUGGCCUACCUGACGGCCAGGAGGCUCUGCCUGUCUCUGGAGAGACACACCCUCGUGGACGUGGACGACAUCUUCGUGGGCAAGGAAGGAACACGCAUGAAGGUGUCCGACGUGAAGGCUCUGCUCAACACACAAAACAAACUGCGAACGCUAGUCCCAAACUUUACCUUCAACCUUGGCUUCUCCGGAAAGUUCUACCAUGCAGGCACUGAGGAGGAGGAUGAAGGUGAUGACAUGCUCCUCCAACAUAAGGAGGAGUUCUGGUGGUUCCCCCACAUGUGGAGUCACAUGCAGCCGCACCUGUUCCACAACGUCAGCGUGCUGUCUGAACAGAUGAGGCUGAACAAGCUCUUUGCACAGGAGCAUGGCAUCCCCACAGACAUGGGCUACGCCGUGGCCCCACACCACUCUGGUGUGUAUCCUGUGCACAGCCAGCUCUACGAGGCCUGGAAGAGUGUGUGGGGCAUCAAGGUGACCAGCACGGAGGAGUACCCCCACCUGAGACCAGCGCGCCAUCGCAGAGGUUUCGUACACAACGGCAUCCAGGUGUUACCCAGACAGACGUGUGGUCUCUUCACCCACACUAUAUUCUAUAAUGAAUACCCUGGAGGGUCUCAUGAACUGGACAAGAGUAUCCGUGGAGGAGAGCUCUUCCUCACCGUCCUCCUCAACCCAAUCAGCAUUUUCAUGACUCACCUGUCUAACUACGGAAACGACCGCCUGGGUCUCUACACGUUUGAGUCUUUGGUGAAGUUUGUGCAGUGCUGGACUAACCUGCACCUGCAGACUCUGCCUCCCCUGAAGCUGGCAGAGAAAUACUUCCAGAUCUUUCCGGAGGAGCGAGACCCCCUGUGGCAGAACCCCUGCCAUGACAAAAGACAUAAAGACAUCUGGUCUAAAGAGAAAACCUGUGACCGGCUGCCCAAAUUCCUUGUUAUCGGUCCCCAGAAAACAGGAACCACAGCCCUGCAUUCAUUCCUCACCCUGCACCCAGCCAUCACCAGUAGUUUUUCCAGCCCCGUCACUUUUGAAGAGAUACAGUUCUUCAACGGUCCAAACUACCACAACGGCAUCGACUGGUACAUGGACUUCUUUCCCUUUCCCUCGAACGUGAGCACCGAUUUCAUGUUUGAGAAAAGUGCCAACUACUUUGACACAGAAGUCACCCCCAAGAGAGCCGCAGCCUUAGUGCCCCGAGCCAAGGUCAUCGCCGUGCUGAUCAACCCUGCCGACAGGGCCUACUCCUGGUAUCAGCACCAGCGAGCUCAUCAGGACCCAGCUGCUAUAAACUACACCUUCCAGCAGGUGGUGUCAGUGCGGCAGUCGUCCCCUAACGAGCUACUGGUCCUGCACAAUCGCUGCCUUAAGCCUGGAGAGUAUGCCACUCACCUGGAGAACUGGCUACAGCACUUUCAGUCAAGACAGCUCCACAUCGUAGAUGGAGCUCUGCUUCGCUCCAGCCCAGCCCAGGUGAUGGACGGCAUCCAGAGGUUCCUGGGCCUCAACCCUGUCUUCAACUACACUCAGGCUCUCAUGUUUGAUGAGAGUAAAGGUUUCUGGUGCCAGAGGAUAGACGGAGGACGGCCCAAGUGUCUGGGGAAAAGUAAGGGCAGAAAGUAUCCGGAGAUGACCCCUGAGACGCGUGCCUUCCUGACGGAGUACUACCGCGAGCACAACCUGGAGCUGCUGCGCCUCCUGAACCGGCUGGGCCACACGCUACCCUCCUGGCUCAGGCAGGAACUGCAGAACAGCAGUUGGAGCUGAGGAGGAGGUCCUGCCCCUGAGCCCAUCCCCAAGAGCCAGGCCCCGGGGCCGCACUCACCUACCAGGAACCCGAGAGACUCGGAGCGGAAUGUGAUGGGAUGCGCAAUCGUGGCCAGAGGGCAUACGUGGACUACCAGGAAUUCGUCUUUCCGCCGGCCGUGGUCUUGACGCAGGUCCUCGCUGGUCCUGUUUGAACUUCGAAAGGCUGGCAUUUGUGGCCUCAUGCAGAUACAGCUCCCUCCUCACCUGCGCUAGACCUUCCCACCAGGACCUGGGAACGCCGUAUGGCCCAGACAGCACGACUGGAGACGAGACUGUGGGAUGCACACCUACACGCGCGAAUUACCCAUGCUCAUCUUUCGAGAGAAGCGAUUGUACAGCAUUGUACAUUUUAAAACAUUUGUAUAUUUUGGGUCGGAUCGUGUGGGAGCAUGACGAAGUUGAGCUGGGACUGCAGUAGUAUUAUAGCUCCUCCUCUCCUCACACACAGGGAAGCAUGCCCACAUAUGGGAGACUUGCAUCUAUGCAAGAGGAGACCAGAGGUUUGUGUAAAGUCUCACCCCCCGCUUCAUAAUGUCAACAGAGUCGCGUCUGGAGUGAGAGUGAACUCUUGGCACCCCACCGCACCCCCCUUAAACUUGAUUCCAGGCGCACACUGAGAGCAGGAGUGUUUGUAGCUCAGUCAGAAACCGUUGCUGCUGUGCUGUGGGGGUGAGCUGAAGGAGUCUGGCAGGGAGAGGAGAAGGGAUGCAUUAUGAACCUGUGGUAUGUCCCGCAAACACGAGUUGCUGUCUACUUUAACUUUUUAUUUUGUAAAAAAAAAAAUUAAAAAGAAAAAGGGAAAAAAAAAAAAAUCAAAAAAUUCUUUUCAAAACACCCAAUGCUGUAUCGUCUCUAAUAAAGUCUUAGAGAGGUUGGAAAUGA